CAUGAAGCUAUUCUAGUGUGAGUCUGCAAUAAUCUAGAAAGUCAAGUUGAGAAUAAGGAUAAGAGCCAUAUGGUAAUAUGUUCCAAUAAGUGUUCAAAUCAAAGAGAUCAGGCAAGAUUCUUCAUACCAUUUUUCGUGAACCUCUCAUCUGCCACAAAUGCGAAUAACUUUUAUGAUCCUCUCAUACGAGUUUUCAGAAGUUAUUCAAAAUUCUUAAAAAGCAAACUCACUCGCUGUCUUCUCGGAAAGGACUUUAAACCGUAGGCCCAGUGUACGCAUUUGACUCGUGUGCACUUUAAAGAACCCAGUACAUCCUUCGAGAAAAGAAGAGGGUUACCCCGGUGUACUGGCCCAUUCAGUCCCCUGUCGUUUAAUAGAUAUGCCACAUAGGAUAGUGUUUAAGUUCACUAAUUGGCAUAUCUUUGGGGCUUGUGCAUAAAAAAAUGAAAUGCAAUGAAAUCCAUGUUCUCUUCCUCACCAAAUUUUUAAUUUCUAUUUCCUUUAUUUUACGCCGGGCACUCACUGCAUCGUACAACGAUCGUACGACGAAUCCAACUUCGCUCCCUGUAAGCGCUAGAUGAUGCAACGCCAGCUGAUGAUUGUCAAUGGCAGUCUGAACUGAUCAUGAAUUCAAAACCGUUGUGCACGCACCAAAGCAUUUUGUUCUCCAUAGAAUGGCAUCGGCCGACGACAGUCGUGCUCAUUGUGUGAUCAAGGAAAACGGAUGGAUGCUAUUGUGACGUUAACCAGAGCAGUUGAUGCCAAAGAGAACAUUGGAGACAUGCAGUUUCCUAGCAACAAGCCCAAGACCUCGCAGUACAUGUUUACCAAACCUGAGGCGAGCGUAACUGGUGAUUUUUCACAGGGUAAAUUAAUCCACCACCCUUCAACAGACCAGAGCUUGCAGAUGACCCAAGGUCAACUUAUGAAAGAGAUUGAUGAUCUGGAGAAUGAACUCAGUGACUUGAAUGACAAACUAAACAAACAGAAACGUUACUGUGAAAGCAAUUCUCGUCGAGGUUCCAACGUAAUCAAGAGGAGUAGUGAAUACCAAACAGAUGUUUAUAAAGUUCGCAACGAGAUGCGCAAAAUUGAGAUGAUCAUCAAGACAAAACAGUCUCAGUUGGAGCUCUUUUCCUCUGAAGGGGUAGCCAUCAAAUCAGUCAACGGAAUCCAAAAAAAUGAUUACAUUCGCAAAAGUUCUAACCACAUCAGUAAAAUGCAGAAUGACCUUAUACGUAAAGAGUUUGAAGUGACCUGUAAAGAAGUUGAAGAUUUCACGAAUCGGGAACCGGAUUACCUACGAGAUGACUUCAAACACAUCAAGAGAGAAAACGGACGGAGCAAAAGAGAGCCUGAACAAAUGCGCAAUGAAGUAAACGACGUAAAGAAAGAUGGUGUCAAUGGACAGAUUAUAGAUUAUGGUGUAAGGCGUAACAGUGUUGGUGUGAGAAAAGAAAAGGAGAAAAAGGAAAAAGAGACUGAAAUUAAGAAAAGUGAGAAAGAUGCUGAGAAUCGGAAGACUGAUAAAGAUGAGUCUGUGAAGAAGGAAGAGAGUACAGAGGAUCAAAGUUCGUCCCAGUCUAAAAGUUCUUUUGAGCGUGCAUUAUCAGAAUCGAAGGAUGCAGUAGCGGAACUUCUUGAGAAAGGUGGUAGGCAGCAUGUUUUUCAGGAUUACAACUUCAAGAAACCGACAUUUUGCGAUCAGUGCCGUGGACUCUUAAGAGGUUUGAUCAAGCAAGGAUUGAGGUGCAAGCUGUGUAAAGUCUCAGUGCAUCAUAAGUGCCACCGAUCCGUGCCUGCGUGCCGGGGGGCUCCGCAAGAGCGUCGGCAGAAAUUUAAGCUGUUUCGAAAGCAUUCUAGUCUGUCGGAAGUGGAGACUGACGUCGAAAAGAAAUCUUGGUCUGAGAAACGCAAGCUCUUGCGGAGGCAGAAGAGUUCGUCAGAGGUGGAAGGACCACGAGAUGAGACUCCGCGUAUCGAAAUUGACCCUGUGUACGAGGCCAUCAAAUCUGCAUCAAGAAUGUCAGUACGCAACCACGAUGGAUCCAGCAGUAGCCGACGAAAAUCGUCAUCUAGCCCAACCAGUCCAAAUCAUCGCCACACCACAAGCUCACCCGGUGAGCUUCUUGAUUACUCCAAUGCGGACAGUAGUAGUCGGGAUUCACUAAGCCCAGGACGCUCCGGAGGAGCAACCCCAAAAUCAGCACCUCAUAGUCCAGCCUCGUCCAGACGUAAAUUGUUGAAAAGUUACGGGAAAAGCAUGUCUUUAGAUGCGGAACCUCAAGCUGCUGCAAGAGGAGGCAGUUUCUAUGGUUACAGACCCCGUAGACAACAGUCAGACAUUGAACAGCUUGAGGAGUCUGAUUCCGAGUCCUAUAUCAGAAGCUCUCCUAUUGGUCAGGUCGUUUCAGGCUCGUUCCGUGACCUAAAGAGUGAACGAGAUGCAGGAAGCUCAAGUUUAUCAACUGGCCGCUAUGAUGGCUCCAAUAGAACACUAAGCAAGUCACCGAGUAGUUCCACAAAUGUGUCUUCCAAGGAUUUAAUGUCUUCAAGCCAGCCUGUGGCAACGGAGUGCAUUGCUUUGUAUAAUUUUGAAGGAUCCGUGCCAGAGGAUCUCACAUUCUCAGCUGGAGACAAGGUCUAUUUGUUAGAUUCUUCAAGUUCAGAAUGGUGGAAGGGUGAGUUGGAUAAUAAAGUUGGAUUUUUCCCUGCAUUUUGUGUCGAGCCGAUCCAGCGUUGGGAGCGGGCACUGAGGGUGACUAGGUCACAUAAGGGAAGUCUUGAACAGCCAGACGGAUUAAACCUGAGACGUGAUCAGAUUGUAAUUCAGAUGUCUAACGUGGAAUCAGGCUGGGUUACGGUUCGCAUGGGAAAGGGGAAACGUGGUUCCUACCCUUACUGCUACCUCGCACCUAUCCACCACAAGUACUUUCAAUGGGGUGAUGAAAUAUACAAAUGAAGCUGCUUUUGCUAAAUUAUUAUGCAUAAUUUUUUGGUGCUAAGUGCUCUCCAAUAGGAAACAUGUUUUCAAAUGCAUACAUAACUUCAAACGAGGAGUAAAGUUUAACGCAGCGGACCGAAGGAAUAUCUGCCAUGCAUGAAAUUUCCAUGUCUUUGAGUAACGACUCAGUUGAAAAGCAAAGGAUUGGACUUGAGAGAUACAGGAUGCAAAAUUGAAUGAAUAACUGAAGAUUAAAAGAGAGAAUUUAAGAACAGUUUUUUUUAAAGCAAGGCUUGUUUGAGGAUCUGUCGUCGAGAAGAUGAUGAAUCUGAACAUUGAUUGCUAGAGAAGUUGACUUUUACAUUUAUCUGCAGAGAUUUUUUCAGUGAGAUACGCAAGUUUCAGAGUUAGAGGUGCCAUGGCCAGUUGGAUUUUUAUUGUUAUCAAUCUAUUUGACAACUUUCUAUUUGUACAUUGCCCUGUGACCGUGCCACGACUAUUUCCAGUGAUUGUGGCGCUUCUUUGUCUUGUGGUUAUGGCGCUACGUUGCCUGUGGUUGCGAUGCUACUUUACCACAUCUAUGCCUGUUAUGGCAUUAUUUUUCCUGUGUGACACCACAUUGCCUACAAUUGUGGCACAACGUUACCCAGAAUGUAGCAGUGCGUUGCCUAUGACAGAAGCGCUGCAUUGCCCAUGGUGGUGGUGCUAUUUGUCUGUCAGUGUGACGAUAUUGCUGAUAUUGUGGCACUGUUUUGAUGUAUGCUUUGUAGUAGUGAUUAGUAGGGUUGCCUUCAGUCUUUGUAUUUUAUGAUAGUAAAGUUGAAAUUGUAGCUCAUUUAAUAUAGAUAAAUCAUAUCAGACUUUGACAAUAUUGUAAAAUACAAGGUAAAAAGAGAAGAAAAAAUAUAUAAAAUUACAUUUGACGAGAAAAAAUGGUUUGAGAAUCGGUAUGUCGUUGAUCGACUGUUUAUCUGAUGAAACCAUUGUAACACAUUCUAUUUUGAGUAUAAAACAAAUUUGGUACAACUCUGCAGGUGCAGCGAUUAUUCUGUAAAUAUAUUAAAUAAAUAUAUAUAUAUAUUACACGAUAUAUAUCUAGCAAAUGUCAGUUAUCAAUUUUUCUUAACUGUGUUUUGAGAUUUUGAAUAUUGGAACUAGAAAACAGUUAAAUCAUGGUGACACGUUCUUCAGAAUAUAUUCUUCUCAGGAAUUGCUAAAUAAACCACCAUUCUAAGAGAAAUUGUAGCUAUCAAAAUGAUAAAUUUUAAAAAAUAUAAUUACAUUUGUAUUUUGGACCUCAUGAAAUUUUGGUUGUUUGAUUGAAGAGUAAACCUGUGCAGAAUUUUCUGAAUGACAAUGUAUUGGUACAAUGUGGGCUGGAUUUCCAAGACCGAAAGCAUUAAUUAAAGUAUCCAAUUUAAAGUUUUUCAGUUAAAAAACAUAUAUUAGUUUGAUUUCAUUGCAGAACUUAAAGAUAACAGAUUUUAGGUUUUUCUGAUGCACUAACAUUCCAAGCAUUAAAAUGUGUCUAUUCCAUAAAUUUGUAUUUUAAUAAAUAGUGCAUUAGACUCAUUAGACUUUACUUUUUAAUUCAAUCCCAAAUAUUAUGAUAAUAUUACAUAUCAUGGAUGAUUGAUACAAAAUUUGUGGUCUAUGUUAAUAGCACACUUGGACAAGGUUUAUGAUCCACAUUGCCCCUCUUCACCCAGGAGUAAAUAUCUUUUAGAAAUCAAUUUUACAAUAUAUUGAUUCAAUAACUUUGUGGAAUGAUUUAAUAUGGACCUCAGUUUUCCUGGGUUUUUUGUAACUUUUUUUGAGUAUAGUAAGUGCUUGUUGUUUCACUAUAUAUAUUUAAUAAUAUAUCUUUCUAUAAAAUAUAUCUAUAUUAACAUAACUUUCAGUUUGCUUUAAAUAUUGUCUCACAAUUAUGAUUUUUUUAUACAGUGACUGGGCUGUAGUCUUAUAUAUUAUUAUGUUAAAUAAUUUGUUAUAUUUAAAAUUGAUUUUGUACAACAGUAUAGGUAAUUUAAUUGACGUGACUGUUUCCAAGAGAAAAUUGAGUAUUGGAUUAAUUUAAUUGCAACAGUUAUUUUGACAAGCUACAACAUAGUGUAAAUCUAUCAAUAAAACUAAGGAUUUUAAGGAAAUUUGCAGAAUUUUUUAAAGAAAUUUAUUCAUGAAUUUAUCCAUAUGCAAGGAACCAUAUUUAUGGUAAAGAAAAUAAAGUUGUUUACAUGAUUACCAAAAUGUAUCUUAGUCAAAUUCAUAUCUUCCUAUCAACCUGGCUUGAAUCCGAGCUUGUAGACAGCAGAGUGGAUGGUUGUAGUCAUGUUGCUAUCUACAUCCUGAAUUAUGAGAAUGUAGCUUUAGUAAUCAGCCCCAAAGCUUCAUUACAUUUUCUGAUGUUUGUUCUUAAGAAAAUUACAGUCAUUCUAUGGUUAUAAACCAUAAUCAUAUGUUGAUGCUACAAAUUGAUCAGUUUACUGAGUAGGCAGUGAUUUUAUUAAAGACUACAGCAAGUGAGAAGUGGCAGAACAUAGAUUUGCCCAAACAUGAUUGGGUAAAACAAUUCCCGGCCAAUACCAACAGGGCUAGAGGGCUGGACAUUGUGUGGGGCUAGCAGUGAAGCCCCCUGGCGUCUAGAAAACAUUUUAUAACAUUCUGAGAUGUUUUUUUUUAUCCAAGUUGUUACUGACAGCAGACUAAGCUUGUCUGAAAGGGAGGUUAGGGGGCUGGGUGAUGGCCCCUUACAUGACCAUGUGGUAUAUAUCCAACUGCAGCUGUUACCUGCAUGGGUGAUAUUUCCCCUAUCAUUACACUCUAUAAGUGAUAGUCUUUUUUGAAAGGCAUUUAUCGAUAUAAACAAAAUUGCCAGGAGACUAUACAUCUACGUUUUGUAUUACUCAGGGGCCCUAAGUAUAACCAGAGCUUACCAGCCACUUUUCUGUUUUUUGUUUUUUUUGGUUUUUUUUGCAAUAUACUGUAAAUUAUAUAACUUAACAAAAUAUUAUUAUUUAUUAUACACAUAAACCCUAUAUUUAGGCGAUAAUAUGUGUGUUUAUGUUAUACAUAAAAUAUAUAAGAUAUGAUUGAAGUGUGGGACAAUAUGCAAUUUUAUUUGUUUAGCAAUAUGAUCGGCAUAUACGCAGGCAUACAAACCAGGGAAGGCUCUGACCCCAUCUGGAGAAAAUCAGGGGGCAGAUCUAGUAGGGGGAACGUUCCCCCUUUUCGCCACUAAAUUUUAAAAUUUCAAUGCAUAUAUUGAAUUUAGCGCUAUUCACUUAUCUGUUUUCAGUAUGUUGUGCCCCCUGUUUGAAAAAUUCUGGAACCGCCCCUUGAAAAUAGUUGUGAUUAAAAAUUAUGACUAAACUAAUUUUGCCUAAAUUAAGGUGCAAGCCCUUGGCAUUUUUGGCAGGAUCCACCAGGCCACCUAAGAGGGUGUUACCUCUGCCUACGAUCAUAAAUAGUUUGUUCUGAUUAUGACUAUAUAGUCUCAGUAUAAAUAAGAUUGCAUAAUUUUUUUAAUUUUAGUUUUCUAAAUAACCAAACAUUUAGAAUAUUAAUACAUUAUUAAACAUCUAUUUUAUGUAAAUGAAUAAAGGAGACAUAAAGUACGGGUUGUAAUUGGAAACAAUUCCACAUUGGUUUUCGUAAUCGAAAGGAACAUCAAUGCUAGUACUGAUGUAUGGUAGAACAGCAUGCUAAGAACAUUAAAAAAAAAUCUACAGUUCUGAUGUUCUGAAUAAAAAAUUGUACAGUAUAAAUUUAUACAGAUUGUAAGGAGUGAAUUUAAUGAUGAUUCUGUGAUAAUACAGUUAUUUUUUGUAAACAUUUUAAACUGUAUUUGAAUGAGAUGGUUUAGUGAAGGAAGAAAUGUGGUAAAUACAAGCCAAACCAGUCACUCCUCGCAAAUCCUGUUUCGGAAAUAAUGGCCAAAACAUGCUGGAAUGUCAAAAUGUUUGAAAUCUAUUUUAUUACACUGAACUAAACUUUACAUAUCUAUACAUCAUGCUAUGUUCUUAUUUGCUGUUCAAAACAGUUUUUAAUGAUUUGGUAAUGGUCUUUGCCUAAGAAAUGUCCGAAAUCGUAAACUUUGAAGGCCGAUUUCUCAAAUACUGUUCUUUAAAAAGCAGUUAAGUUUCAACUCCUGAAACUUCAUAAUGAGAUCAGAUUUAAACAAUUCCUUUACCACUUUAUAACUUAGAUUUUAACUGUAUUAACUAAAAAUCAAUUUUUUGCAAGGAGUGACUGGAUUGGCUUAUCUUUGCCACAUAUACUGUAAGGGUUGGCUCACAGAAUGCUAUGAAUGCUUUAGAUACUGCAUAUCUAGAUGGUUUAUGCUGUCUCUGUGCUUUGAACAGAUAUACUAGUCUAUAUUUGCAAGGUUCUCGUAGCAAUGUAAAGUAAACGUUUUACUCCUACUGCGAAGUGUAGUGAAUUGGCCCACAGUAACGAAUCAAUGGAGUCUUUCUGCUUAUCAACCAUUGUGUUAUGUAUGUUACAAUUUUUUUUAAUAGAAAAUGAAUGAAAUUGAGUAAUUGAAAAAAGACACAAGGUAUGCGUAUGGGCCUUAAUCAUGCGCUAUUUGGAUCUAUGCACUUCAAAUUAUUGUAAUUAUACUGUUGUUGUAAUAAGAUGCAAGUGUGAUACUAUUUUGAAUAUUUGAAACUUAUAAUAAAUGUAUUUUGUUUUGCUUUCUAAUCAAGAAGAUUAAAGUAGACAUUGGACAACUGAUGUUUCUUCAUCUAGUAAAUUUCUACAAAUGUUUUAAUAUACAAAAUAUGUACAGAGAAUUGAAAUGAUACUUUUAAAUUGCCAGAUUCAAAUAAUAUCUUACCAUCUUCAGUGCUUUUAAUUUCAAUUUAUAUCGUAUUCAAUGAGGUGACGGCCUAUUUAUGCUUGGUUUACUAGAAUAAUAAUUUGGUCAGUGGUGUUUAGUGGCAUUUUGAGGGUCCUCCUCAGUGUAUAUCUUGAUAUGAGACCAUUGAGAGUUAAAAUUGUUGUUACAGAAUCUUUAUUUAAAAAAAGAUUUCUGAAAGGUAUGCCUGCAAGCACCCUGCAUAUAAAUGUUGAUAAUUGCAAGUUAAAAUAGGAAAACUUUUAAGAAUUGUGCAAUUAAAGACAUUUUGAGGAUAUGUGAAUCCUCAUACUUUAAAAUAGGAUGUCUUAUACCUCUCAUAUUCUUGCCGUGUACAUAACAGAGUGAACGCAAUAAAAACCUGCCAUAAAAUUUC